UUUCGAUAGCAGCUCGUUAGUGUAAUCGAUUUUCACGCUGUGCUUGGUAAAAUGUAAAGGAAAAGUGCAUUUAAUUUUAAUUGCAUUUAACGCGACCAAAUCGACACAAAAAAGCAUUUAUAGUGCAAGCGCAUAGUAAAUAAACAUCCACACCCAUGUUAACCGAAGCCCCCAUGGCCAGUGACAACAUAAUGGACGAACUAGCAUCUUUGAUACGCACCGAGAUCCCCGACGGCCGCCAGAGCCUGCGAGACAGCUACACCAAUCUCGAGAGGGUGGCUGACUACUGCGAGGACACCUACUAUCGGGCGGAAAACAAGAAGGGGGCUCUGGAGGCCACCAAGAACUACACCACCCAAUCGCUGGCCAGCGUCGCCUACCAGAUCAACACCCUUGCAUAUAGCUACAUGCAGCUCCUCGAACUGCAGGCCCAGCAGCUCAGCGAAAUGGAGUCGCAGAUGAAUCACAUCGCCCAGACGGUGCACAUUCACAAGGAGAAGGUGGCCAGGAGGGAAAUUGGCGUCUUGACGGCCAACAAAGUGAGCUCGCGGCAAUUCAAGAUCGUGGCCCCCAUCAAUCCGGAGAAGCCCAUCAAGUAUGUGCGCAAGCCGAUCGACUACUCGAUUCUGGACGAGAUCGGGCAUGGCAUCAAUUCUGCCCAGCAUCAGGUGCGUCAGAAGCACCGCGGCUCCAGCCAUGGGUCUGUGCAAUCCCUAAUACCGCCUUCGGUGGGUCCGCCGCCCACCACCAAGCCACCGACGCCGCCGCAAAUGUCGCGUGCCGGCAACACGGGUACCCUGGGCAAGUCGGUGAGCAAUACCGGGACGCUGGGCAAGAGCUCACGAGAGUAUCGCACUCCGCCGGUGGUCAAUCCGCCGCAGGUGCCCUCGCACUACGCCCCCAACUAUCCCAUCGGGCAUCCGAAGCGCAUGUCGACGGCCUCGUCCAGCACCACGAUGACCACCACCACCAUGGGCGGAGGGGCAGCAGGCAAUGAGCGUGCCGCGGGAUACAGUGCGCUGCCCAUGCCCCCGAGCCAGCAGAUAGCCACGCACGUAAAUCUACCCUCGGCGGGUAUGAUGCAAUCGCUGCCACCACCGCCGCCUACCACCUACGACGACAGGAGCAGUAUGCCACCAGCUCCUCCUUCGCCGCUGACGGUGUCGCAGCACGAGAUGACCGAGCAGAGCCACAUCGGAAUGCACACGCUGGGACGCAAUAUCAACAGGAAUCCGAAUCGGAAUCAUUUCAGCUUAAAUUUUGCACGUCCGGGCUCGCAGUCACCGCCCUUGCCGCCACCGCCGCCGCCAGAGGAUGAGCACCAGGACUUUGGCAGGCCACGCACCUCGACGGGCCCCCAACUGGCGCCCAUUGUGCCCGAGGAUCAGAAUUUGCCUGGCUGGGUACCCAAGAACUUUAUAGAAAAGGUGGUGGCCAUUUAUGACUACUAUGCGGACAAGGAUGAUGAGCUCAGCUUCCAGGAGAGCUCGGUGCUGUAUGUGCUGAAGAAGAAUGACGAUGGCUGGUGGGAGGGCGUCAUGGAUGGCGUGACCGGCCUCUUUCCGGGCAACUAUGUGGAGCCCUGCGUCUAAUUAGAGCUGCUGCUGCUGCGGCUGCGGCUGCUUCGUAUUCUAAAAACAUGCCAACCCAUUA